GCAAUACUCUGAAGUCCUGGCAAGUAAGAGGUGGGGAAAAUGUCUGUGCCAAGAUUCCAAAAAGUAAACUUGGGGACAUAUGAUAAUUACAUUCCAGUCAGUGAAUUAAGUAAAAAAUCAUGGAAUCAACAACACUUUUCCCUGGCAUUUCCCAAACCACCACGGCCAGGAAAAAAAAGGAGAUCAAAACCUUCUCAACUGAGAGACAACACAACACCUAUAAUUGAUGAAGAAAAACUAAGAGGAGGUCAUAAACAGCCAUUAUGGAUGCACCGUUCUUUAAUGAGAAUUUCUGAGCGACCAUCUGUUUAUUUAGCUGCCAGGAGGAAACCUCCACCAAAACCAACUCCUUCUGCCACGAUGAUACCUAAAGAAGCAGAAAUAGGUAAGAAAGGUAAAGAAGCCCAAGAUAAAGAGACAGACAAAUCAGAAUCAGAAUCAGAAUUAAAAGUUAAGAAAGACAAAGAAACUAAAGAUGAAAAAGGCAUUGCAAGAACAGAGUCAAGAAAAAGUAAAAAAGGUUCUAAGAAAGGUGAGGGUUCAGGGACAGAAUCUGAAGGUGAAAAAGCAGAUUCCAAGAAAGGUGACAAAAAGGGUAAAAAAGAUUCCAAGAAAGGCAAAGAUUCUGCUUCAGAAUCUGAAGGCGAAAAAGCAGAUUCCAAGAAAGGUGACAAAAAGGGUAAAAAAGAUUCCAAGAAAGGCAAAGAUUCAGCUACAGAAUCUGAAGGCGAAAAAGCAGGUGCUAAGAAAGAUGACAAAAAGGAUAAAAAAGGUUCAAAGAAAGGCAAAGACUCAGCUCCUGCAUCUGAAGAUGAAAAAGCAGGUGCUAAGAAAGAUGACAAAAAGGGUAAAAAAGGUGCAAAGGGUAAAGAUAAAGAUGCGGGUUCAGAAUCUGAGGCCGAAAAACCAGAGGGAAAGAAAGGUGAUGAAGCAAAGGAUGCCAAGAAAGGAUCAAAGAAAGACACUAAAAAAGGUAAGAAAGAUGAAAAGAAAGCCGGUGCUGAAGACAGUGAAACAAAGGAUGAUGCCAAAAAAGAUGCCAAGAAAGAGGGCAAGAAAGGGGCAAAGAAAGAUUCCAAAAAAGAUGCUGGCCCAGAAUCUGGUGAAGCAAAGAAGGAUGCAAAGAAGGAUGCAAAGAAAGAUGCAAAGAAAGAUGCAAAAAAGGCCAAGUAGGCCUUCAAUAAUGACUCACACUAAAAGAGUAAUUCAAAAGCAUAUUUGAUGAAACAAUUUUAGUAGUCUGUAUCUGAAUCUAUGAAUGAGAACAAAGUUUCAAACAUUACUCAAAGACAUUUUAAAAGUAGACAAGAAUACAGAGGAAGACUUGGAAAAUAUUAACUAAAAUACAAGAAAAAAUGUUAAGAAAAAUUAAGGGAGGAUCUAUUGAAGGACAUGGAGAACACUUGUGUUAAAUUUGAAGGACAUAAAAGACUCAAUGAAAGAUUCCUAGAAGCACUCAAAAGAUAACAUGAAAAUUAGGACUUAGAAGGUAAUGACAGUGGAUUUACGGAUUUAAAAAAAAAUUAAUGAAGCCUUAAAGAAUACAAGGGAGUAGAUGUAACUUUAAUUUGAAAAAAAAUCGCAAGCCGCAUCCAUAGAUUUAGAUAAUAGUAGUAAUCAUGAAAAAGGAAACAUCUUUCAGAAAGUCUACUUUUAAGUAAAUAAAAUUAAAGAUAGCUUUCCUUAAUAAUAGAAAAAGAAAGAAGAAAGAGA